AGCCAUGGCUUGGCGAGGAGCUGCAAUGGCUCGAGACGGUAUGGCUCCAGUGAAAAGCUCGUGUCGCAGUUUCAGUCUGCUGUCCUUUCUUUGAGCGCGUGACGAUUCCAUGAGGUUUGACUCUCGAAGGUCCAGGAUCGGCAAACCCAUGCUCGAUUGUGGCGAGGCGUCUUAGGGAUGGCCUGCCUAGUCGCGUCAGAUGCGCGAGUCUGGUGGCCUCGCUUGUUGUCUGGUGCUUGCAUUUGCACGUGCAGCGGCUGGCCUGCGCUGAACCUCUCAGUGCCCGCUGAUCCCACGUGCAAUCAACAAUGACAGAAAAGCCGGCCUACAACUUUGGCUACGAUGUUUCUGCCGCAGAAUUUGCGGUACCUAAAAGUGCAUAUUUAGGAGCUCACCCCGAGGCUGCAUUCAAGUCGAUCGGCACCGCUGCGCUGGUACUGGACACGUGUACACCUUCAAAACCUCGCGUUCUCCUUCUUCAGCGCGCUGCAAGCGAUUCAUACCCCGGCAAAUGGGAGCCUCCUGGCGGAGCUGUUGACGACGACGACUUGAGUAUCCUGCACGCCGCUGUGCGUGAGUUAUGGGAGGAGGCCGGCCUUCAAGCCGCUUACAUGGGUGGUCCAGUUGGAGAACCUCACUUCUUCGCUCGAAGCAACGGCGACAAGGUCUGUUGCUUUAGCUUCGCUGCAUAUGUGCCGUCUGAGGGAGGCGCUAUAUUGACAACAAAGUUGGAUCCGAAAGAGCAUCAAAACUACGUGUGGGCUACUGAAGAAGAGGUCAAAGCGGGCCAGGUCGGUGCUGUGGACUUGGAGUUCGUACGAGAGGAAGUUCAGCGCACAGUGCUGCUGGCCUUCACACAUGCACACGGGGAAUGAUACACGGUUCACUUCUUGAAUCAGAUCCAACCGCGGAGGAUGGCGACAGCAGCCCAUCCCGAGUGGCUGUCCAGGCCGGCAUGUCACUAGGUGAACCUUCACCAGUCUGACUAUUAGACGACCCACACAGCCUCGAUCUAGAUUGAAUCGAUCGUUCUCAAACGGCAAAUCGUACACGUACGCCCACGUUCGAUUUCUCUUUGCUCUUUCCCUUGAGCUUGCACAUAUGGUGUUGUUUCAGUCUUGCAUCCCG